UGUUCCUUAUCUUCCGAGUGGGAGAAUAAACACCUGUAAUUUGGUGUGUUGCUAAGUUCCUUCAAUUUCCUUUCUUUGCACUACUUAACUUAUAUGAAAGUAACAUGUCAAUAAAAGGAUUCAUACUAUUGGUUUUAUUUUGCUUUUGCUGUAAAACACUCGCCUACACUUGCAAUAAAGACUUCAUAUAUGAUGCUUCUAAAAGAGGUGAAAUAAAAAGUCCAAAUUAUGGUUCUGGCACUUAUGUGAAAGGACUUCGUUGUUCAUACAAAAUACAAGCUCCAGAAGGUUACAGGAUAAAAAUAACGUUUAAGGACUUGAAUUUAAAUCCUUCAGAAACCUGCACCGACAGGCUCACGCUGAAAGGAAAGGAUGACGUCAGCUUCUUAGGAGUAUUUUGUGGCAAUGUUAUGCCAAAUCCCGUUCUGUCUCACGAAGGUGAACGAGAAAUGCAAAUGACAUUUGAAACUAAAGACUCAGGUGGAAGAGGAUUCCAUGUACAGUACGAAGCUUCACCAGAUCUAGAACUAUGCGGAGAGGAACAAGGUCUGUGCAGGAACCGCAAUUGCUACGAAAUUAAACAGCGAUGCGAUGGCAAAGAUGAUUGUGGAGAUGGAACUGACGAAGAGGCGUGUGGUAAACCAGUUGCUCCACCGUCCGAUGAUAAUUGUGGUAAAACUCCUAUCGUACCUAAGACCGUAUAUACUUCUCAAGAUCACAGCAAAUUAGUUGCGGCUAAACCGAAUAGCUGGCCAUGGCAAGUGUCAUUGCAGUACAUUGAGUUUGAACCAAAUGGACACUUUUGUGGGGGCACUUUGAUCAGUCCUCAGUGGGUGAUUACUGCUGCCCAUUGUUUUCCAGGUAUCAAGCAUCCAUCAGAGGUUAGAAUUGUUCUCGGAAGCCAUUUCAAAUACAACCGAACAAAAUUCGAAGUAACCCGUGUUGCUGAGAGAAUUAUAUCCUAUCCUGAUUUGGAGGAAGACGGUUUGAAGAAUGCAGAUAAAAAACAUGAUAUUUCUCUGAUAAAAUUGAAUGCUCCUGUCUCUUUCUCCAAUGGAGUUCAACCUGCUUGCCUUCCUCAAAAAGGAUGGGAAGCACAGCCUGGAUGGAGGUGUUAUUCAACCGGAUGGGGAGAAUCAACAUCUACCGGAUUUAAUCAAGAACUGAAGCAAUCAAUUCAGGUCAUUCAAAAAAAGCAGGAAUGCUCCCACGAGGCGGUGACACAGAUAUGCGUCGAAAAACCCUACGAUUCUCCAUGCCUGGGCGACAGUGGAGGUCCUCUAGUUUGUAAACUUGCAGGUCAGUGGUAUGCCAUGGGAUCAACAAGCUUCAAUGUCUCUGGUUUCAAGUAUAAGAUGGGCAAACUUUGCGAUUCUAAAAAGAGUCAAUCGAUUUUUGCGAAAAUUGCUGACAAGGGAGACUGGAUACGGAAAGUCAUUAACGAAAACGCUUGAGCAAUGGAAAGUUAUUCAACAAAGAACCUUUGAAGAGUUGAAUUUUAAGAACGAAAUUAGGCACCAGAAGAUGCAAAUAAAUAUUAUUUGAGCAAUAAAAUAGAACUUUAAAAAUUAA